AUGCCGUUGGCUGAUGAGCUGCUGUCAAAGAGAAUGUUAAGUAAUGAGGCAUAUUCAAAGAUUCAAGCAGAAAGGACCUCUCAGAACAAAAUGAAGGCGUUUUACACGGUUUUGGAUUGUGGAGGACAUGCAGCAAAAACUGCCUUUUACCAUGCACUGAAGGGACAGGAGCCAUAUCUCAUUCAAGAGCUGGAGAAUCAAAACACAAGUUACGAUUUUGCCAUCGUUCCGCGAAUAAGACACACUGUUCUAGCCUCAGAAUUCGUCCCACAGACACCGCUUAAAAGACAAUAUCCUUUCCUUGGCACUAGGGAGGAAGAAGCAAAUGUGGACGAUAAGAAAACUUUGCAAAAAACCCUUAAACAAAGAUGGCUGACAAAGAAAGCUAGCAAGAAAUGGCAGCAGAAGUUAAACCUUCUCCUUGAUGAUCCUGAUCUGCAGAGUGUAGGGACAGGGAAGCUUUUCCUGUCUACAAAGGAGCAAUUGCUCAUAGGACUUGGAGCUAACGGUACUCAAGUAUAUAUUGGAAUAAAAGCAGAUGGAACUGAAGUAGCCAUUAAACGAAUGAUUAAGACUAACACGAAAGAACUAAAGAAUGAGAUGUCACUUUUACAAGAUCUUGAGAGCAGCUACAUAGUCAGAUAUGUAGAUAUCGAAGAAGAUGGUGAGUUUAAUUACCUCGCUCUCCAGCUCUGUGAAGGUAAUUUGGAUGAAUACAUGGAUCAGCUUCGUCUUGAAAAAAAAGAGGACAGAAUGAAGACUUUGAAGAAAUUGGCAAGAGAUGUGCUCCUUGGGUUAGCAGUUCUCCAUGAGGCUGGUGUGCUCCACCGAGAUAUAAAACCCAGAAAUGUUCUCAUAGAUGUGAAAGGAAAUGCAAGGCUGGCGGAUUUUGGCAUAAGCCGCAGACUAAACAGAGAUGAAAGCACCAGGUGCACCCCAAGAGCUGGUACUCGAGGAUGGGAAGCGGCGGAGAUACUGGAAAACGAGGAUGAAGAAAAGUGCAGAUAUAAAAGGAGCUCUGAUAUACAGGUGGCUGGAAUGUUGGUGCAUUACAUUCUCUUGGAUGGGCUUCAUCCUUUUGGCAAAGGUACUCGUGUAGAAGUAAACAUUAUGGAUGGGAAGUACUCUCUGGGAAAAAUAACAGACAUGGAAGCAAAAGAUCUGAUUGAGGGGAUGAUUCAAAAAGAUCCACAACAGAGACUGACGAUUAAAGAGGCUGUAGAUCAUCCUUAUUUCUGGGAUGAUAAAAGGAGAGAUACAUUUCUGAGGAAAGUCAGAGCUGAGAAAGCUGUUCAGAAGUUUAGCAGUGCAGAUGAGAAGCUUCGGAAUGCUGUGGCUAAAUACACUGAAGGAAAAACCUUUUAUGGAUGGAAAUCUAAGGUUCCCCAAGAAUUAUCUAUUGACCAAAGACUUCCAGAUGACUUACUUGGCUUGCUGUGUUUUCUGUGUGACUUGCUGGUGGACAACAAAGACGUAUUUCAUGAGAACAAGAUGUUUAAAGAUUUGUUCCCAGACUUCUUCAUUAGCGCGCACAAGCUGGCGAAGGAGAUGGAUUGGAAGCUUGAGGAUACCCCAUAAGAAGAUGCUCUUACUGUGGGUUUUUAUGAACUACUGACAUUCAGCAUGAAAUUCAACUACAAUCCUAUAUUUUAUAGUUUACUCCUGUGCUUGUCACUACUUAUUUGGAGCCAUUAUAGACUCUGUAAGGUUUUAAGGGAUCUUAUGCAUUUCUUUUGGGCACAACUGGAACUUCAUUUGUGUCAUAAAUAGAAACAAGCACAGUGUUGUUCUCCUCACUCUGGAAUGUGCACUCAUUAGAAAUGUAUUUUUUUUAGUCAGUGAUUUUUAUGCAAUUAUGCAUCUAUCCAAUCAGCCAGUCGUGUAGCAGCAGACAAGUUAAGAUCAAGUGCUUCAGUUAUUGUUCACAUCAAACAUAAGAAUGGUGAAAAAAUAGGCAGAUGAACGUGGGGAAAAUGUCACUUGCUCUGAUGCAUCUCGAUUUCUACUGUGACAUGCAGAUGGUAG